AAAGUAUGAAGGAAGCGAGGGAAAGAGAAGUUUGGACGAUUCGGUUAGUUGCCGCUAGGUGUCGACAAGUUGCGUACUGUUUGCUCUCUGGUGGCCACCAUUGUUGAAUUCUGCUUUGGUUGAUGCCCCUACGAUUUUUUGGCCGAAAAUCGUAAAUUCGCCAGCCCCCCGGCAAGGGCCCCGUGCGUAAGGUGCGUAUCACGGGAGAGAAGGAGAGAUUGGUGCCCGAAGGAGUUCCCAACUGGGGCGAUAUUCAUUUUUCUCGAGGAUCCGUGUCCUAAGGCGAGAAAAGCUAGUGAAAUCGAGUGCGCUCAUCGAUUUACGCGAAAGAAAGAGAGGCACCCAUGUCCGUGUCGCGUACGUUUCGUCGGGGUGUGUUGGUGUGUUGUGCUUGCGCGCUCCUUCUCCCCUUGCUCUCCCCUCGGCCCACACACUACCCUUCCCUCUAUCCGCGGCUUUGAAUCUCUCUUCCCCCUCUCGAAGUAGUGCACGAUGCACUGUGUAACGUCGUGGCGCGUGUACGCGUGCCGGUAAAAAGGAAAACCGUACGAUAGUAUACCUUCUGUUUAUUACUCCUGUGUCUACAUUUCUCCUUUUCUCUUUCUCUUUUUCUGUCUUUCUAUCCCCCUCUGUGUCUAUCAAUAUUUCUAUCUGUUUAUCUAUCUAUCUAUCUAUCUAAUUCUUCGUAUUAUUCUCUUUUGCUUUUCUUCCUCUCUCAUACUAUACAACGUUGCACUAUGCAAUCCGUUCAUACUCCCUGCGAAUCAUUUACGAAGAAUAAUAAUAAGAAGAAAAGUACGAGUACGAGUAUGACGACGACGACGACGACGACAACGACGACAACGACAACAACGAGCAAUCGGUCAAACAUCGUCUCAAAGAAAAAAGACGUGUUGAAGAAUUAUUUGUUAUCGUCUCGUAGGUGGUUAACAUUGUUUCGUUAAAAGAGCGCACGUUGCUCCGCGUGUUCGAACACGCGGUUCUCCUCUCUUCCCUGUCUUGUCUGCUGUUCGUCUAUCUGGCUCAUUUUGUCUUAUUCUUUUUCCUCUCCUUCUCUUUCUCUCUCUCUCUCUCUUUUCCUCUUUCUUUCUCUCUCCGUCUCUGUCUGUCGUUCUCGUUGCCGCCUUUCUACGCGCAACCAUCGACAAGAAGAGGGCUUUAAGCGCGGCCAAAGGGAAAAACAGUUCUUACUGUUCAUUACUGUUUGUAAUUACAUGGAGUUAUCGUUAAGUGGUACGAGCACGAGGACGAAGCUAAUAAAGGCUAAGGGUGUCGAGGAAAAUCGUGCCAGUGUGUUUUCGCGUUCCAGCAUCGGGCGUGAGUGCGCGAAAACGACGGGUAUUUACACGCAUCCUAACUCAGAAGAAAAAUCAACAUCGCAAAGUAAAAGAAGUUUGAAGGAAGAGCAAUAUAAUCAGAAAAUCAUACAGGAGUUAUUGCAACAAUCUGCUAAUACUUCCAGGAUACAUUAUAGUGUAACCAAUUGCGUUAAUUCUGAAUUAACCAAAAAAAAAUCAACGUUGCAGAACACAAAACGUUCGGAAGAAGUACACCAUCAGAAAAUCAUAGAGGAAAUAAUACAAAGAUCUGCUAAUACUUCUGGUAUAUCUUGUGGUGUGACCAAUCGUGUUAAUUCUGAAUUAACUGAAGAUAAAUCAACAUCAUCGAGUAAAAGAAAUUUAGAAGAAAAGCAACAUUAUCGAAAAAUCAUACAAGAGUUAAUACAACAAUCUGCGAAUACUUCCAGCAUACAUUAUGGUCUGACCAAUUGCGUUAAUUCUGAAUUAACCAACGAUGGACCCGACAUAUCCCAAGUUGCGCCAAAUUGGGCGUAUUAUAGUUUCUUUCCAUGGGUUUAUGAACAAGCACUCGUAGCACGUUCUGACGUGCAAGAUAAAUGCAACCUGAGUUGCAAGAAAGAAAAUAAAUUAGACGACGUGACUGAACAGCAUAUCAAAGGGUUUAAAGAUCUACCAAAGUCUAAAUCUAAGAGCAUAGUGCUGGAUUCAGAAAAGUCAAACGUGUCGAAGGCAGCUGAUUUAAAAAUAUCAAAUUCCUUUGUAGACACUAUUCAAGGCCACGGAGGGAAUCAAGGAACCCCCUGGAAGGGGGAAAAGAAAAAAGAAAAAGAUAAUUUAGUCAAUGUUAAGAAGAAGAUUGACCUUGAUUUUAAUUUUUGGCAGGAUCAAUACAGAAGUUUAUCGGAGACACAAAAAUUAGCUUGGAACGCCAACAUCAAUUAUUUAAAUUAUUUAUCCAAUUAUUCGCAAGCUACCGUAAAUACUAAAUUGUGCUCAACUUCUGUGAAUGAGACUGCAUCUUAUCAAAGUUCUAAUAAUUUCUCAUCAAAUUCUGUUAAAGAAGUUAAUAAACCUCUUGAUUUGUCGGUAAAUGCCACAAGCAGUGUUUAUAAUCGUGAUAAAGACGCCAAAAUAAAGGAGAGAUAUCCUUAUUUAGAAUUACCUGCUGCUGGUGAUAAGAGAACGGUGCAGUCGAAUUAUCCUGUUAUAACGCAGACUGAUUUUUCCUACAACGCUAACGAUUCUUAUGCAGCAAAGUACAAAGGAUUGAACGAUGAUUUAUUGAAAAUUUUGAACUAUAAUAAUUUAUCAUGUAACGUAAAGUACGAUACAACACAACUUAAUGUAGUCCAAGAGAACAUAUCUACGGAUACUGAGUUAAAUAGUAAAUCCACUUUGAAUAUAAAUUUAAAAGAAGAAAGUAAGCUCUUCUUAGACAAAUAUUCCAAGGGAAGAACGUAUAAGCUUUCACAUGAAAAAAGAGGAAGAGCAACUAACUUGAAUGACAGACACAAUAAUAUUAAAGAAGAGUACAGUACAGAGGAGUUGUUAGACAAGCCUGAGAGUAUAGAUCCCGCGAUAGUCGCUUCUAAGAUCAUACUGGGAAAUUGGGAAGGAAGUGCAAUGUCGGGACAAUAUCCGGGUCAUAGCCGACCACCGGUUGGCACUCCUCCACCUCAAACAGUUUGGAAUCAUCUCACGAUGACGCAGGGUCAAGGUAACACUUUUUAUGGUUUAAAUAUUCACGCUUCAGGAUUACCACCUGGCACUGCUUUAAAUCCAGCUGGCUUUUAUACUCAUCCGUCUAUAUCCAGAGCAUCUCAUUUGACGCCACAGUUGACUCCACAGCUUGCUCAUACUCAAGCACCACCAACAUGGCAUACGCCUACAGUUCCAUCAAAAACAGUUACGCCAUCUAAUACUCCUGGCAAUCCAUUAUUUAGUUUACAAAUGUUAGUUGAUAACAGGCAAAACCAAAAUCAAUAUAGAAACUCUCCAGGUUCUCAAAAUACACUUGACCUUUCUGCAACGUCGGAUAUUAUCCCUGAAAAUUAUUCUCGAAUACCUCAAGAUAUUCCAAUUAGUUUAACGGCACGAAACGUGGAUAAAGGUAGUCGGAACGGAAAUAUAAUUUCUCCUCCGAUACCUCUAAACGGAGAAACAUCUUCGGACAGUGGAAUAAGUUCGUCUGUACCAACACCUAAUUCUGUCAGUGAACCAGUGUCAUUGUCGACUAAAGAGAUAACGACUCCAAAAAUAACGGUUAAGAAUUUUGAAAGCAACUUGAAAGGCGUUGCCAAUAUUCACGAUAAGAUUAAAGAAAUAAAUGUCGUCGAUAGUUUCGCACAAAAAGUUAUUAAUUUGCCGCCUAGUGUUACGAUCGAACGUGUUGUUGCGGAUAAGAAAGAACCAGAAACGAAAAGUAAAGACACAUUAAGUGUAAUAGCACAAGUGCCAAGAAAUGUUUUACCUGUUAUCGUUAAUCUUACGUCGAAAAUAGAGAAGGACGUUACAGAUAGUCCUAAAAGGGAAUCGUCUUCCGAAAGGGACAAGAAACACGAAGAAACAAGUGUUAGGUCACCCAAAAACUUACCAAAGAGGGGUAAAAAGGGUGUGGACUCUUUAUUAGAAAAAUUGGAAGGUGGAAAUAAGAAGCUUGGUGGUACUGAAAAUAUAGGUUCUGUUAUAGUGACGCCGGUUGAAGAGAAAGAUACGUCGAGCGUUAAAAGCAUGUCUCCUGAAAGGCCAAAAUCAAAAUCUCCAACUAGAGAAGAUGAGGUGGUGUCACCUGCAUUCAGUAAUGAUGAUUCUAAUGAUAAUACCAAACAACGUAGAAAAAGAAAAUUAGAGAAACCAGUAAGACUUAGUAAGGAUUCAAAAACGGAAGUAGAAGAUAUGGAGCUUGAACCAACUGAACCAACGGAACCAAGAACAAGGGAAUUGAUAUCAGAAGAAGUAGUUGCCAAUUGUACUCCAGCAACCACUGUUAAAGUAGAAGAACGAGUUGAGAGCGUGGAUCAAAGGUUAGAUGAUAAGAUUAAUGAAAAUGUAAACGAGAACGAGAACGAGAACGAUCAUGGUAACGAUAACGAAAACGAUAACGAAAACGACAUUGAAAACGAUCAUGAAAUCGAUAAUAAUAUUGAAGAAAGAAAUGAGGAAAAUCAACCGGUGAGAAGGCGGAGAAGUAGCGAGAGUUCGACUACGAAUUCGACUUCGGCGAAUCAAAGGGUGCGAAGAAAAUCGAGCGAUGAUGCUACUGAAUUUUCAAAGGUAACGAGUCCAAAGGCUGUUAACAACACAAAUCCCUUCAAUGAGGUCGAAUCAGAAUUAGAGAAAAUGUUUGCUGGAAUCGAUGAACCAAAGCCAGCUGUUAAAAAGGAAGAAACUAAAGUAGACUUUACUGUCUCUGGUAUUCAAAAUGAAAAUAUUACGAAGGUUGAAAAUAUCGAAAAUAAUAUUUUGCAAACUAAAGAUACUCAGAACUUAGAGCCUACUGAUGUAUCUUCUACGGUUGAUACCAAAUUAUCAGGAAAGAAGGGAAAGAAGGGAAAGGUCCAAGGAGGUAAAAGGAAAUUCUCCAGAUCUACUGAGAAUAUAUUUGGAAAUAUUGCUAGUGAAUCACCUCAGAAGGAUGCUAAAAAAAAACGUGUGUCUAAAAGUUUGAAAAAACAAGACUUUUCGAAGAAAGUCAAGAAAAAUACUAAGAACGAAGGGUACCGGGAAAUGGCAUAUGAUUCGGGUUCAAAUGCGAGUUCUAUUAAGUCUCGUGGACCAGUGGUUCAUGUCGAAGGACCCAGAGAUAGUCCUUUGAGUAUUCAAGUAGUUAAUGCACCGAGAGAAGAGGAGGAAGAAAAAAAUAAAGAAAAGAGGAAAACUAUUGGUAAUGGAAAUGCCGGUAGAAGUAAAAGGCUGAGUCAUCAAAAUGAUUUAGAUUAUAGAGGAAAAGUUAGCAGAGCUGGUUUGUUUAGUUCCACAUUGUCGUCCCGAUAUGACGCACAUACGACCGACUCUACGUGGGUAUGUGUAUUUUGCAAACAAGGUCCACACAGUGUCAUACCAGGAGAUCCAUCUAGACCUCAUCCCAAUUUGGCAGGUCCUCAUAUCGCACCUGGAACGUACACGGUCCCAGCAGGUGUAUUAAGUGAUUUAUUUGGCCCGUAUUUAAUUGGAAAAGAACGUUUAGAAGAUGGCAUUCUUUCGGCUGAUGAGCAAGAAAUAACGACAGAACAGAAGAAGGGUGGGAAGAAUAAGAGAAGUCUGAGGUAUGCUGGAUUGGCUGAUCAGUUCUCUGCAAAAAUGAGUAAAAAGAAGAGGAAUUCUGUUGAAAGUAAUACGAAUGCAAUGUUUACUGGAAUGACUGUAAUUCCUGGCGAGGAACAACGUUGGGAAGUUUGGCUUCAUGAACAGUGUGCUGUUUGGGCUGCUGGUGUUUACUUGGCUGGUGGAAGAGUGACUGGUUUACAAGAAGCUGUGUGGGAUGCUGCAAAAUCGGUUUGUGAUUCUUGCGGUUUAACAGGCGCGAACAUUGGUUGCGUUAUACGAGGAUGCAAAUCUGUUAUACACUAUCCCUGUGCUUUGACAAAAGGUUGGCAUUUAGAUAUGAAUCAAUACAUACCUAAGUGCAACCUUCAUCGAGUUACGUGAAAUUUCGGUGAGUGCGUGUGCAUAGACUAAGUUGGAAAAAAUAAGUUACAAUAUUCAUAAUGCCACACUGACGAAAAGUAAGAUCCUGUUUAACAGCGUGAACACCGUAUGAUAGAAAGGCAAUAAACAUAACGUAUAAAUUAUAAAAAAUUGUUUUACGUGUGACUGAUGAUGACAAUGAGGACGAUGAUGAUGAAAAAGAAGAAGAUUAUGAAGAAGAUGAUGAUAAUGAUGAUAAUGAUGAUGAUCAUGAUGAGGAUGAUAAUGAUGAUGAUGAUGAUGAUGAUGAUGAUGAUGAUGAUGAUGAGGAUGAGGAUGAUAAUGAUGAUGAUGAUGAUGAUAAAAAGAAGCCUUACUAGUUGGUAAGGUAAGCUCAAGUUAGCAGAGCGUAAAGCAAAACGUCUGCAAAAUAUUAACAUUUACAUAUAAGAUACUUAUGUGGACAUAAGUUAUUUUUUUCUUUUCUUUUCUUUUCUUUCCUUUUCUUUCCUUUCCUUUUCUUUUUUUUUCUCUCCUUUUCUUUUGUAAUUAUAUUUAUUUUUAAAACUAUUCUUGGUAUAUAAAUAUUAAUUAUAAACAAACAAAUGUGGAUAGAAAAUGAAUAUAUAUCAUGUUACCUGAAUAUUAGUUAUCGCAUAACUCGAUUUUAAAAUGACUUAUUAUGCUGCCUUGCAUUUAACGUUAAAACAAAAAGAAGAAGCGUUUUGAAAUUUACGCUCCGUGUCAUUCGAUGCAUAUUAGGUGUGUUUGAAAGUGUGUGAAAGAAUGAAUGUAAGGAUAGUGAUGUGUCAAUUUACAGAUAUAAAGUCUAGAAUCAAUAUGCUCGAGAGAAAGACUUUCCAAUGUACAAGAUGUUCAAAUGAGGAUAUGCUAUUUAAAACUGUCUCUGUAAAUUACAAGAACAAACAAAUUAACGAUGGAAACUAAAAAAAUUUCUCGUUAAUUAAAUUUAUAAUUCGUUGUCAUGGCCUGUGGCCUUGAACGGUGGCCUUUCGACUUAAUAUAAAGAAAAGAAAAGAAAAAAAAAUAAUUAACAAACAAAAAAAAAAUUAAAAAAAAAAAAAUAAAUAAUAAUAAAAAAGAAAAAAAGAAAAAAUAAGAAAGAAUGAAAAUCAAGGAAGCAAAGUUUUUAUUUAAAAUCUGUAGAAUAGGUGGGGGAAUCACGUUAUAUAUAUAUAUAUCAAGGAAAUAAGAUGUUUAAUCAAAAAUAUAAUAAACGUUUGCGUUUUUUACUCUCUCACUUUAAAACACGAAACACUCGAUUUUCCUGAAAAUGAAGAAGAAAAAACAUCGUGUACGCAGGAACAAUGUACAGGGCAUAUUGGAUUAAGAUUUUUCGACUCAAUGAAUGACAGGGGGCUGGAUAAUAAUAUUAUAUAUAAACAACUGAUAAAAACAAGCGAGAGACGGUUAAUGCAGUUAAAACAUUUUUAAAACGACGUGCUGAAUAAUGAAAAUGUGUUGUUUGGAUAUAACAAGUGUUCUCUUAUAAGGAAAUGAAACUAAAAUAGAAAAGGGAUAUUUUUUUAUAUUUAUUAAGAAUACGUUAGUUUAUUACCACUCACGAAUAAAAAACAAAAAUGUCUUAAAUAUUUUCUAUGUAAAUCUUUCGAGGUAAUAAGAUAAUAACAAUGCAUUAACAACAUUAAUUUAUAUUUUUAAUGUCGCUGCAUUCCAUACGAUUUUCGAUGUCUUUUAAAGGCUAUUAAAAGAAAAAAAAGUAAAACAUUAGUAACGGUAGUUAAUUGUUGUUAAAAAAUAGAAA